UUCUUCACCCGCUUGGCGCAUUUUGUGGCGACAAAAAUUUGUCGGACGCCGAUUGAUUCCGCGUGGAAAAUAUUUAAAUUUACUUUAUACAGUCGCUGGUGUAUGUCCUUUAAAUUGUAAAGUUAUGGAGUUCUUAGAAUAUAACGAUGUGUCUGCUGAAAUUAAGGGAACCAUGGUUCCAGGGAGGUUGAAAAUGACGGAUCAAAAUAUAAUAUUCAAGAACAGCAAAACUGGCAAGGUCGAGCAAGUAUCAGCGAACGACAUAGAGCUUGUUAACUUUCAGAAGUUCAUAGGCUCUUGGGGCCUUCGGGUCUUCAUGAAAAACGGCACUUUACAUAGAUAUGGAGGUUUUAAAGAAGGGGAACAAGAGAAAGUGGCCAAGUUCUUCAAAGCGAACUACAACAAGGACAUGUUGGAGAAAGAGCUGUCGCUCAAGGGCUGGAACUGGGGCACGGCUAAGUUUAACGGAGCCGUGCUGAGCUUCAAUGUCGGCACAAAUACGGCCUUCGAGAUCCCAUUGCACUACGUCUCACAGUGCAACACUGGCAAGAAUGAAGUCACUCUUGAGUUCCAUCAGAAUGAUGACACACCAGUAUCUCUCAUGGAGAUGCGGUUCCACAUCCCAACCAACGAGCUGGCAGGAGACAUGGACGCCGUGGAAGCGUUCCACCAGCAGGUCAUGAACAAGGCCAGCGUCAUAUCCGUCUCCGGGGAUGCCAUCGCCAUCUUCAGGGAACUGCAAUGCCUCACACCUCGUGGUCGCUACGACAUCAAAGUGUUCCAGACGUUCUUCCAGCUCCACGGUAAAACGUUUGACUACAAGAUACCCAUGUCGACCGUGUUACGUCUGUUCCUGCUCCCCCAUAAGGAUACGAGGCAAAUGUUCUUUGUGGUUUCCCUAGACCCCCCCAUCAAGCAGGGUCAGACCAGGUACCACUAUUUGGUACUGCUGUUUGGCAUUGAAGAGGAAACCAGCUUGGAACUACCAUUUACUGAAGAGGAGCUAAAAGAGAAAUAUGAGGGGAAAAUCACCAAAGAGUUGUCAGGACCUACUUAUGAAGUGCUUGCGAAAAUUAUGAAGGUCAUUAUCAACAGGAGAGUGACUGGUCCAGGCGAUUUCUUGGGGCACCACAAGACGCCGGCCAUCGCGUGCUCGUACAAGGCGGCGGCCGGCUACCUGUACCCGCUGGAGAAGGGCUUCAUCUACGUGCACAAGCCGCCCGUGCACAUCCGCUUCGAGGAGAUCGCCUCCGUCAACUUCGCCAGAGGAGGAGCCUCUUCUACUAAAUCUUUCGACUUUGAGAUAGAACUGAAAUCAGGCAGCAUUCACACCUUCAGCAGCAUCGAAAAGGGCGAAUACGACAAACUUUUCAACUACAUCACCACCAAGAAACUUCACGUCAAGAACACUGGCAAAAACGACAAAGCGCUGUACGACGACGACUUCGGCGACUCGGACACUGAAAAGGAGCCCGACGCGUACCUCGAGCGCGUCAAGGCCGAGGCCAAGGAGCGCGACUCCGAGGACAGCGACGACGACGAGAGCACCGACGAGGACUUCAACCCCGACAAGGCCAAGGAGAGCGACGUCGCCGAGGAGUACGACACAAACCCCUCAUCAUCAGAAGAUUCCGACGCGUCGGGAGCGUCUAACGACAGCAAGAAAGACAAGAAAAAGGAAAAGAAACCAAAGAAGACCAUCACAAUAUCAGAAGCGCCUCGCAAGCGCAAGGAGAAGUCGAAGAAGCGCGAGAAAGACGCGAACGCGCCCAAGCGGCCCGCCACCGCGUUCAUGCUGUGGCUCAACGAAAACCGCAAGGGCAUCAUCGACGAGAACCCCGGCAUCAAGGUCACCGAGAUCGCCAAGAAGGGCGGCGAGCUGUGGCGCGACCUCAAGGACAAGUCGGAAUGGGAGGAGAAGGCAGGCAAGGCCAAGGAGGAGUACAACCAGGCGAUGAAGAAGUACAAAGAGAGCGGCGCCGCCGACGAGUUCCAGCAGAAGAAAAAACAGGCCGACAAGGAGCGCCGCGCCGCCGACAAGAAGGCCAAGGCGCCUGCCGCUAAAAAGACAAAGAGCACGGUGGGCACCGGCUCCGGCGCCAAGUUUACCAGCAAGGAGUACAUCGAGGACGACUCCAGCUCCUCCGACUCCGACAAGGAGAAAGACAAGAAGAAGGACAGCAAGGACGCUAAGGAGUCAAAGAAGAAGGCAAAGGCGUCUUCGUCCGAAGCUUCUGGCUCGGGCUCCGACAGCGGCAGCGGCAGCGACUGAGGCGCGCGCCCGCGAGUCCACCGCUCCGCGCACACAAGCUGCCAAAUUGCCUAAAUCAUUUAUAUCACGUUUGACCAGAACGGGACCACGACUGUGCCGCUGGCGGCUCCGAAACAUUGUUUUUUUUUAUCGUGUCCGUGAGUGUUACAAUACUGUUAAACAGUUUGACGUGUUAAAUCACCGAUUUCAAAGACUGAUCCAAUUUUGUCAUCAUCGUGGGCGAACAGAACUCACAGGCGAUCGCCUCUUGAACGGACGACGGCACAUCAAGAUUUAUAAACACUGGGGCAUCUUAUACAGUUGUCAUAGGUGCUAUUUUUGCAAGAAAAAUUAUAAGGCUGAUGUGCUGUCUUAAGUGGCAGUUGUUUUAUUAACACUUGCCUAAAUCAGAGUAUAAUAAAUAAAUUCUCAAAAUGUUUUACCACUAUAAAACUAUGUGUCUCAAUGUUGUAUAGAUGACCUACACUGAACUGUCCCACCAAACUCAUUGACAGGGGGGCGCCACCAUCGUUCAACUAUAAUGUAUAGUUUCCAAAAUGGCAAAAAUCGGAACCAGCGAUCCGGUAUUGACGGUGGCGCCCCCCUGUCAAUGUCUCGGGUGGGACAGUUCAUUGUUUUGGGUCUUUAAUCUGUGUGAUUUGUUAUUGUCCCUUUGUGUCAAAUUGACAUAAAUUAUUAUGUAAUUUGCGUGUGUGCGCACCCACUUAACAUGCACAACAACAACUGACUGGUAUUACAAAUUUUUCUAACAUUGAUAAAAUGUUAUAACAUGUAAUCACUAACAAAGUUCGGUUAUUGUAUACAGGGUGUCUCAAAAUUAGCACUUCACACUGACACCAGAAGGUGACUGACACUCAUCCAACGAGUCUUGUAUGUCAGUUUUUAAAAUCCCAUGUAACUUUUCUAUGGAAAAAAAUGACUAAAAAUGGUCAUAUCUCAAGUCAUGAAACUUUUCCAUGGACGUAUUUGGCUUCUUUGAUGCGUCUUAGGCACAUCUACCUCCGGUGUUAGUGUCACGUGCAUAAUAUUGUAAUACUAUAGUUAGUUGUUGUUGUGCAGAUUAUCCUUAAUUAUGAUAAUACCUCCUUCAUUCUCAUUGCUAAUCAUGUUCAUUGAAUCUUGUGUUGUACGAAUAUCUUAAACUUAGUAUGUAUCUAGUUGUGAUAUUUUAUUUUGUUAGUUCAUUCCCUGCUAAAUUGUACAUAAUGUGUUGUAGUGUUAGCUAGUGUUGAUCGUAAAGAGAGACGUGUUGACAUGUUAUGAAUAUAAAUAUGUUGCACUCGAGUAUGAAAUGUAUGAUCCAUUGUUUAAGCGCACAGCUAAGGAUUUUGCAAUUGCGAUUUUCCCAUUGUCCACUAGGACAAGUAUAUUGUUGUUAUAAAUAAACCAGUGAUAAAUUUUAUCGAAAUCGAGAGAGUGUCUUGUUCUUCCUGUUAUAGCCCAGGGAUGUUAUGGAUAUCCGUAACCGUAACCGAUUCAAAAGUUUCAGAUAGUUUCGGAUGUAGGCAGUUUAAAUUGUUUUUUGUUUAGCAUUAUAUGUAAAGGCAUAACAGCCUGAUUUACCUGUAUAAUGCCAUCUAGUAUCAAUUUUUAUUUUUUUAUUACUUUUCAUUCGAUGUAGUGUGCGGCCAUGAAUGAACCGUGUUGGACAACUAUUGCAAAUUGCAUUCUAAAGCACAGAUAUCUGUAACCGUAACCGAAACUUUCGGAUAUCUGAAAUAAAAAAAUAUCCGUAACCGUAACCGGUAUAAUAUUAUUCCUAUAUCUGUAACCGUAUCCAUAACCGAAACUACAUAUCCAUAACAUCCCUAGUAUAGCCUGUUAACUGAAUCCCAUCAAAGACACGAUAAAAGUAUAUCAACGUGGCUACCGUAUUGGCACCAUAUUCCACUGUAGGGUGAGGUCUUGUUAGGCCUUGUCCAGGAGAGCGAAUCCUACGCGUGAAUCCAACGCGCGUCAAAUUUUCACAUCGCGCGUGUCUUGUGGACGCAAUUCACGCAAUGUAUUGGCUGCUAGUAUCUCGCCAACACGUGUAUGAUUCUACGCACGAAGACAUUCGCGGCGAAUUCGCCAUCCUGGGCAAGGCCUAAGACGAGUGGCGUCAACUGGUGAGCGCUGAAGCGGUCGGAAGUCUAUCGCAUUUGUACUCAUCAGAAUGAGGCCACUGUAAAAUAAAGAAACUAUAACUACACUUAAGGCCUAUUCAGACCUAAGCGGUAUUCGCUACAGUUUGCGGCAGAGAAAACCCAGUGGGUAUGCGGUAAUAAUACUGUUCAGACCUAAGCGGUAUUUGCUACCGUCUGCCAUGUACCUCUACCCACAGCGGCAGCGAAUAUCGCUCAGGUCGCUCUAGCCGCGAUACUUGAUACUAAAUACCUGAGCGAAACCCGCGUGGUAUGUACCUCUACCCACAGCGGCAGCGAAUAUCGCUCAGGUUUAAAUAGGCCUUUAUAGUGAGCACAGAAUACGGUAGCCCUCUUGGAUUUGGUGGUGUCUAUACCUAUUGUCCACGCUAAUUUGACAAGUAUCAGGCGAAUAUGUUUUUUUCAUAACUGAAGAAAUGUUAGUUUUCCUUAUUCAGCGCAAGAUUGGCGCGGACAAUAUGUGUCUAUGAGUGGUAUUUUAAGGAAAUGUAUUAAUAAAUAAAAUAAAUA